AAGGGAGAUGUCAGAGUUUUAAAUUUAGAUCAGCAACUUCAAAAUCUUACCAUGGAAAAUUCAGAGAAGACAGAGGUGGUUCUCGUUGCUUGUGGUUCCUUUAAUCCCAUCACCAACAUGCACCUCAGGUUGUUUGAACUGGCCAAGGACUACAUGAAUGGAACAGGAAAAUAUAGAGUUGUCAGAGGCAUCAUUUCUCCCGUGGGUGAUGCAUAUAAGAAGAAAGGACUCAUCCCUGCCCAUCACCGGGUUAUCAUGGCCGAACUUGCCACUAAGAAUUCAAAAUGGGUGGAAGUUGACACGUGGGAAAGUCUUCAAAACGAGUGGAUAGAGACUGCUAAAGUACUAAGACACCAUCAAGAGAAACUGGAGGCCAGUGUCUGUGAUAACCAGCAGGACUCGCCCACUCUGCAAAAGCCUGGACGAAAGAGGAAGUGGGCUGAACAAAGACAAGAUUUUAGUCAAAAGAUAUCCCUUGAGCCGAAAACAAAAGGUAUACCAGAGGUGAAGUUACUGUGUGGGGCAGACUUACUGGAGUCCUUUGGUGUUCCCAAUUUGUGGAAGAGUGAGGACAUUGCCCAAAUCGUGGGAGGCUAUGGGCUCAUCUGUGUUACUCGGGCUGGGAAUGAUGCUCAGAAGUUCAUCUAUGAAUCAGAUGUGCUGUGGAAACACCGGAGCAACAUUCACCUGGUGAACGAGUGGAUCACCAACGACAUCUCGUCCACGAAGAUCCGGCGAGCCCUCCGAAGGGGCCAGAGCAUCCGCUACCUGGUGCCAGAUGUCGUCCAAGAAUACAUUGAGAAGCAUGAUCUGUACAGCUCAGAGAGUGAAGCUAGGAAUGCUGGGGUUAUCCUGGCUCCUCUGCAGAAAAACACUGCGGAAGCCAAGUCAUAA